AUGAAUUCCUCAAAUUCUCACUCAAUUCCACCUACAUCAACACCAAGAUACCUCCCUCCGCAUCGCCGAUCACCUACAUACCGCGGCUAUCCCUACCUUACGUACGACGACCUACAUGCGAGAUAUUCGCCUCCAAAUUCGCCACAACUUCGUAUGCCACGUAUACAGCGAUCUCUAUCUGCUAAGGACCUUUAUCAGCGAUAUCGAGAGACAUCAAGUCAUCCGAAGGAGAGGCGUAGCCAAAAUCCGCCUGGCAUCCCAGCUUCUUCUCCUUCGCAGGAGUUGCCAGGGCAACAAAGAGAGACACAGGCCCAAAACUCGGCUGGCAUCUCUACCCUUCCACCCCCAUCCCCACCUUCACCCAAACCACGAGAUUUCGAAGCACUAAGAGCAAAUCGACCAAUCUCGCCACAGCCAGUCAGACAGCCACUUAGCCCAAGGCUGCCAGAUCCACCUAUCUUCACGGGCACUAAUUCAAUACUAUUCGAUGACUGGAAAAUGAGAAUUCAAGACAAGCUUACCCACAAUGGUGAUUAUUUCCUCACCGAUACCUUCAAAAUUACCUACGUUAUAGUGAGACUUAGAGAGGAAGCCAGUUAG